AUGGCUGAAGUUGUAAAGGCCAGUGACCUCGCCGUUGCUCGGCGCGAGGCUGCGAGGCGUCUGCAGCAAGAUCUCAAACUAAGCCUGUGCCAAGGUCAGAGCCUGCCUGAUAUGCUGAUGAUGGCGCCGCUGGCCAUCAAUCUUCUCGGACAGAUCAAGCUUCUCGCUUUCUCAGACAAAGCAUUGUGCAUCCACUUGGAGGAGCCCAGGGGCGGUUUUAAGCAUCUACAACGAAAAACCCUCUCGAGCGCCCUGAUUCAAAUUGUUGACCAGUCUGCUGACGCAUUUGACUCUGCGGAGAAGAACAUGCGCGCCAUCAGAAUGCAGACCAAUGUCAUGUUCGGGAGGACCGGCCAUGUCCAAACAAUUCUCAUGUGUCUACAAGAUUCGCGAUUGGCCAAGAGAAAUCUCCUCAGCUCCAUGAGAAGAUUUCAAGAGGAUAUGGAGACGUGCGCAGCAAAGGCACAAGACACUGAGGCAAAGUUUGACGCCCUUGUUAAGUGUGCCGGCGAACUCAGCUUAGCUAUGGCAGACGGGAUGGCAAGUGCGGAAUCGGAAAAGGUCCAGAUCGCACAGAAGGAAAUAGCAGCCAAAGCACUAAAGGAGCGUCAAAGUCGCUGUCUCGCCACUCUCGAGGCUCAGAUAAAAGAUGCUCAAUCCGAGUUUAUGCAAGCCAGAGGCCAAUAUCAAAAGACUGCUGCCAAAGGUGAUUUCAUAGAGAUUUCAGAUCUGGCCAUGGCAGUUGCCAUUGAGAGUGGGAGUAGUGUUACUGGUCUCAUCAAUGCCACUAUAAACAUUUUCAAGGAGACGCCAAAAGUCGCCAUUGAGACCGUGAAAGCCGCAAGUGAGGCUGUGAAAACCGUGACUCAAUGGACCCCUAUCAAAAUCUACAAUACGCCAGCAGCAGCCGCGUCAAUCCCUACGACUGCGAGGCCGAUUGAACAGAAUGCGGCCCCUAGCCAGCAACAAGCUAGUCUGGGAAUUGAUCCCGCUCUCUUCGCAGCCGAGCAGAUCGAAACGCAGUUACUUAACCUCGAUAGGCUACUGAACGAAGACCUGCUAGCCAUCGUUGAAGAUGGUGGGCUCGAGAUUAUGGCCUGUGCGAAACGGCUUGGCGAUUUGGAGAAAGGGCUGGGAGAAUUCAAUAGCAGGCACACCUUGAGCGCCCGAGCCAUCCUGAAUGAAGCACUCGAUGUCACAACAGCAAUCUUAUCCAAAGGCGAGACGGAUAAGUCGAGAGGAGACCACGACGAAUGGAUUAAGAAAAUUAAUUUCUGGAGUAAUACCACGUGCUUCCUCUUGAACAGAGCAACAAAACUUCGAUCGUUCGCAGCCUCCCAACCCGGUCACGGAUUUGGAGGCUCCAUGGACUCGGCAGCCCUGAAUGUACCACCGAGCAAUUCGAGUUACUCAAAGGUCCUCCGCCAACGGCACCAAAAACUCCUCAUAACCAGAGCCGCUAUGAACGAAGCUCGUAACAAUCUGGAAAGGACAACCCAGAAGCAACUUGAAGUACAGAACCAAAUCAUCGAAAACGCGCGGGCGCUGAAUGAGCUCAAAUUGAAGGAGGCCACAAUGGAGGAUACGAAGAAGAUUCUGCGCAAGUCGAUCGACAUCAUGACGGCAAUGCAAGUCCAAAUACGACAGUUGACAGGCUUCUUCAACGCACUAGCCAGCACUAUUUCCAUUGUCUGCAAGGGCUACGCUGAGCAGUACCUCCAGACGAUCGAAGCGGGUAUCACAAAGACGAGCGACGAGUUUGCCCUUGCCUAUAGCAAUGGGCCGCUUCAGAUAAUCCGCGAGAGCGUCAUCACGCUGCGUGGCCACUUCAGCUUUGUGGUGCACUCGGUCGAUAUGUACCAAGAGAUUGCUACGACGCACAUCAACCCCUGCAUCCGCCAGGUCGCCAACCUGCCUUUGAGUGCCGGCUCUGACGAGCAAGAAAAAGCAAAAACAGCCCUCGGACAGAAAACAGAAGAGAGCUCAAAGGCCAUACAAAAGCUCGCCAAGCAGGAGCAGGAAGCAUAUCAUAGGGACUUUGAGAACCGGAUACAAGAGAUUGAAGAAGAGAUGGCGGCGCUUGGCCUUCCGACUGCGGUAGAAGACGGAGAGAACCUCAGGGCAAUUGAAGACGGCGUGAAAGAGUCGGGAGAGAAGAUUUCAGAAGAUCUUGAGGGGAGGGGCAACUGUAUCAAUGAGAUUUCAGACGAUCUCUAG